AUGAUCGACCACGCCUACCAUAUGCCCGUUAGUUCAACUUAUUUGCGCGAUGCGGAAGUAUCAGACACUGAUGGACCGAUUUUUGAUGCGGAAGGACAAGAGACUUCGGACGACGAAGUGUAUAUCAUGGAAGUGAUAAAUUGGAAUGAGGAAGUAGAACUCAGUCAGCAAGAGGAUUUGAAUGCAUGGGAUGGCGCUCUGGUAGCAGAAAACGGAGAUGAAGAUGUGAGUUCCGGAGGUGAAUGGAGUGUUAACGUGUUAAGGCGCAAUCGAGAUUGGAACGAUACGGAGAGUGAAGAAUCGGAACAGAGCGAACAUAUAACAGGAAACGAUAGCGCAGCAAUGGUGGAAGUUGAUUGGAACGUUGAGGUAUUAGAUACGGAAACAGACUGGAAUGAAGAUAUCGCAUGCUGUGAUCCGGUGAGCGAAGCGGCACCAUCACCAGCAUCAAAUGAUUGGAAUGUGGAGGUUCUAGAACAGCCUGUCGAAUAUGAUUGGUCAACCGAUUUGGAUGAUACGGACGAUGAGAGAACGUUUCAAUGCAGUCUUUGCGAAAAACAGUACCUAAACAAGAGUAGCUUAACGAAGCAUAUGUUUUUGGUGCAUAAUAAGCGGCUUAGCCCGUGCAGGAAUAGCUAUAUCAGUUGA